UACCGGUCACCAACGGUGGUGCGUCGUUACACACAGCCACACAGUAGCAGAUCUCUGAGUGUUCACCAACGGUAGUUGUUUGUUCCCACCUGAAAACAAAAUCAGAUCGAAACCCUAAUUAAGCUCAAAUUGAAUCCAAUUUAGGAGUUCUCUUAAUUAAUUUCGACAAUGACGUCGUCUGAAGUUCAAUCAGACGACAACUCAUCACCGGUCGCUAGUCUUCUCCCGCUGGCCUCCGCCUCGCAGCAGCCUUACGUCUCUGAACUCCUCUCUUUCACCCUCGACCGCCUCCACAAGGAGCCGGAGCUAUUGAGAGUAGAUGCGGAGAGGAUACGGAGGCAGAUGCAAGAGGUGGCGGUGGGGAACUACCGUGCUUUCAUUUCUUCUGCUGAUGCCUUGCUUUCUAUUAAAGACGAAGUUUCCUCGAUCGAUAAACACCUCGAGUCUUUGAUAUCUGAAAUCCCAAAGUUAUCUUCUGGUUGCUCUGAGUUCGUUGACUCUGCAGAACAAAUAUUGGAGAAGAGGAAGAUGAACCAAACUCUUCUGGCAAACCAUAGUACUUUGCUUGACUUGCUUGAAAUUCCUCAGCUGAUGGACACAUGUGUACGGAAUGGCAACUAUGAUGAAGCUCUGGAUUUAGAAGCAUAUGUUGCUAAGCUAUCGACAAUGCAUCCAAAAUUACCAGUUAUUCAGGCACUUGCUGCUGAAGUUCGGCAGACCACACAGUCUCUUCUUUCUCAACUCCUCCAAAAACUUAGAUCAAACAUUCAGUUACCAGAGUGUCUCCGUAUCAUUGGAUACUUACGACGAAUAGGAGUAUUCAGCGAGUAUGAAAUGCGCCUACAGUUUCUCAGAUGUCGUGAGACAUGGCUUGCUGGAAUUCUUGAUGACUUUGACCAGAGAAAUGCUUAUGAAUAUUUAAAAGGGAUGAUAAGCUGUCAUAGGACACAUCUUUUUGAUGUUGUUAACCAAUACCGAGCCAUCUUCGCUGAUGAUACAUCAGGAAGUGAAGAAAACUAUGAUGGUGGACUUCUCUUUAGUUGGGCCAUGCAUCAAAUAUCCUUACACCUUAAAACUCUUAAGAUCAUGCUACCAAAGAUAACUGAAGGAGGAUCUUUGUCCAACAUUUUGGAACAAUGCAUGUAUGGUGCCAUGGGAUUGGGCUGGGUUGGAUUGGAUUUUCGAGGCUUACUUCCUCCACUCUUUGAAGAGGCAGUUCUCAAUUUAUUCUCCAAGAAUAUGAAUACAGCCGUUCAGAAUUUUCAGCUAGUACUUGAUGCUCAUCGCUGGGUCCCGCUACCAGCUGUUGGCUUUCCUUCCAGUACAUUUGGUGAAGAAAGUCAGGAAGAUGUUAAUCCUCCUCCAAAUUUAAUGGAGCAUCCACCUCUUGCUGUUUUUGUGAAUGGUGUAUCUGCAGCAAUGAAUGAAUUGCGUCCCUGUGCUCCAUUGAGUUUGAAGCGCAUUCUUGCACAAGAAUUAGUGAAGGGGUUGCAGGGUGUCUCUGAUUCUCUAUUGAGAUACAACACAACCAGGAUGCUCAGAGAUAAUGAGUCUAUACUUUUCCUUGCACUCUGUAGAGCGUUUCUUGAGGUAGUUUUUCCACAUUGUGCCAUGUGCUUUGGCCGUUGUUACCCUGGUGGAGCCUCUUUGAUAACAGAUGCCAAGAAUUUAUUUGAUGGAAUAACCCGCCUAGUAAUAAACUCUCCAUCAAGAGAACUUCCAAGAUCUGUUCCAAGUGUAGAGGGAAAGAAUAUAUCUGAAAAUGGAAAUCUGCCUUCCUUGGAGAAUGGAGUAGUGUCUACUAUUGAGCGGACUGCAAGUGCAAACCUAGAGGAACAACAGAACAACCUCACGCCACAAGAUGGGGAAAGGAUCACCAGAAGAUCAAGCAUGUGAAGGGAGAUAAGCUCACUCUAAAAUAAAUCCAGAAGUUCCCUGCCCUAAUGCCAAUAAGAAUUUUGUAUCUACAGUGGAGAAGGGCCAUUAACAUUUUUACCCUUCUAUUCACUGGGGUGGUUGUGAAGAAUCGUUAUGAUUUAGAUGGAUACCAUCAAUAGCGAUUGGAGUAAAUUGGUCAUGUUCAGAUCUUUACUGUGAUAAAAUUAAUUUUGUAAGCAGGUGUAAAGUCCUGAGGCAUUGAGGCCGAUGGUGAUAGGAACACUUUGUUAAAAAUUUCAUGGUCAUAGUGAACAAAAGGAAUUUUGGUUCGUUGGUUUCUUCCUCCUGUACAAGUUGCAUCAUUUGCAGUGAAAACAAAGGCUGGCUUAUCGCAAUAAAAUAGGUUAUUAUUGUUAUUAUUUAUUGGCUGAAGAGAAUUCUGACGUGUUACAGACGAGAAGAUGCAGGGAAACUAAUAAGCAUCAGUUGAACAAGCCUCGAGGCCUUCAGCUGCUGCAGCCGGGAGAUAGAUUGGGAGGUCAUCAGGAUUGCAAGGCCCUUGACAUGUCAUUUGGCAAUAGGAAUUGAAGAAUGCUUUUCCAUUAUUGAUUACUCCGUGUGUUGUGCAGAUGACAGAAUUACUGUCCUUUGUCAGGUUUGAAUAUAUUGUCGCACUAGGGUUUUUUCUCACUUUUCCUAGCUAAGAGAAAGUUUUAUACUUACCGUUUGUCUUAAAAUUCUUUAAAUUGAGAUUCCAGGAGUCACAUUUGUAAGAGCUGUUUUAUCUUUUUGUCUCUUUCUAAUAAGCAUCGAGUAUGGGCUUGCCUGA